AUGAAUUGCAACGAGCUGCAGGAAAACACCAUCGGGGAGCGGUAUAUGAUCAAGCGCCCCAAAGCGCUUCAAUGGUUUCACAACGGCCGACUGGUGAAGCAGAGCGAAGAGGAGAGACAAGCUGGCCGCUUUGAGCUCUUCCUCGACUUACUUUAUGUCGCCAUUGUCGCAAACUUCAGCGAUGACCUCGCCGAGAAUCCAGAUGGGCAACAUCUCGCCAAAUACAUCCUCAUCUUCGCGCCGGCAUGGCACAUAUGGGUAGACCUCCGCGAAAUCAUGAACUCGUACUACACCGAUGAUCUCUUACAGCGACUCGUCAUCUUAUGGGUCAUGGCGCUCUUGGUGCUCUACGCAAACAACGCUCGCCUGGUUGAUGAAGAUUUAUCCGCGAUGCAAACGACGGCGGGUGCAUACGUCGUCGCUCGGUUUACCACCAUGUGCACCUUUCUCAUCUGUUCUUUCGCCAGCUACCAGCAUCGCACGCAGGCGCGCAUCAUGGCUAUAUUCAUGUUCAUCGGUCUCUUCCUUACGAUACCGCUCUUUUUCGAAGAUGUCAGCAUUGGGGCCAAAAUCGCCGUGGUCGCAGUCAUAAUUUUCUACCAGGAAUUCACUUGGUCGCUCACGCUGAGUCCAUGGCUUAAGCGCAAGCUGAAGCUCACAUACAGCACGGCGGUCGACAUUGCUCACGAAAUUGACCGCAUGGCGGCGUUCUUCAUCAUCAUUCUGGGUGAAUUUGUCUACAGCGUGAUUGUCGGAGACCCAGCCGGCGUCGGUUUAACACUGGGCUAUGCCAAAGCUGCUUUCACCCUCAUUAUCGCGUUUUGUCUCAACUGGAUUUACGUCAGCGGCGACGGAAGCUUAGAGGCGACGCACCCAAUUCGACGAUCUGCCUGGACGGCCUUUGCGUUCUUUCUUCUUCAUCUACCGCUUUCUGCGUCUUUUUUGAUUGGUGGUCACAUUGCCGCUAUAAGUACAAGACUAGACGAAUUCGAAGAUGGACAGCGGUGGCUCUUGGGAGGGGGUUUGGGAGUCGGCAUGUUCUGUCUUUGGAUAUACGGCAUGCUCUAUCGCACACACGACGAAGAUUGCCUGAUCAUGUCGAAAACGCCUCGAAUAGGCAUGCGUCUGGUCGUUGCCAUAAUUCUUCUUUCGCUACCUGCGACGAACAAUGAUCUAUCCACGACGGACUUUAUGGCAGUGGUCAUGUCACUCUUUGCGUUCUUGGUCAUAUGGGAAACGAUUGGAGGACUAUUGAAGGGCGCUCAGGUCUUUGAGCCUUGGACUGAUAGGAAUCCGCCUUUAAGCGAUUCUGAGACUGGCGAGUGA